AACUACCAUAAGUAUGGUUGCUCAACUACUUAUUUUGCCGACCUUUUUCUUUUCAUUUUCCCCAACUUUUUUUAAUCUUUUUUUUUUACCACUUUUCACAGCGGCUACCUUGUAUUUGCUUAGUUUCUUUUCUUGCUGCGCUCAGUUUCUUUGCCGGCUUUGUGCAACUAACUUUCUUAGAGCAACGCCAGCGGCUUUGCUACUCACAUUUAUGCUUGUAUACCGUAACUGCGUCGUGCAAUGAGCACCCAGAGCCAUUACCCUGCCACUAAUGCCUCACGGUAGACACAACUCACGCUACACAGCACCCCACCCACCAGCGCGUCACCACCACAAGUCAACCUAACUGGCCGGCUGGUUGACUGGCUACUCGUUUCGCCCGGUUCCCAGUUCUUUUGCUUUUUCCAUUUGUUUGGUUCGCUCACCAGCGCUACACUGUGGCGUCGCCAGGCCAACGCCGCUCAGACUGUGUUCAACUCUGGCCGCGUAAACAUUACUCGUUGCUCUGCACGCUCGACUCGCCGUAUGCAUACGAUCAACGCUUCGCACGGCAAACGGUUCGUUGUGGAUAUCGUGUUUUUCAUGCGAUUGUAAAAGAAAAUAUACGCCGAGCGAGUUUUAUUAUUAUUAGUGUUGUUUUUUUUUGCGGUUUGCAUUGCGCCUGCUUGUUUCGUGCGUGUGCUUGUUAUUAUUGUCGUAUUUUUGCGCUGCAAAUUUGAAAAUAUAAUUUUUGCAUUUUUCUUGUUCUUUUUUUUGUGUUUUGUGGUUGUCAUUUUGACCCCCACAACGCAUGCCGGCAACAACAUUAUGUACCCAAUCGCAUUAAAUACUUAAGUGCACUUGUAGUACACGGCUAGUGCAAAUUGUUGUUGUUGUUAUUUCCGUUUUUGUGCAACGUAAAGCAUAUACAUAUAAUUCCAGCGCUGUCUGGGUAGAGGGCAGGAGUGGCAUCGCCGCCGCCUCCGCCACCACCAGCAUGCUAUAGCCUAGACUGCGCCGUCGGUCAACAAUGCCAAAUCGCGCGUCGUUGGCAACGCGUGUACAACGAAAGCGUCGCCAUGCUUUCCUUCUUCCUAAUCCGCUUAUCUUGAAAAUGACUACUUUCGUUAAUUUUGCUGGCAAAUUAAACCUAAAUGUUGGUUAGUGUGUGCUUUUGCUUUGCUAUAACUGCAAAAGGCCGUGGAAAAAAUGAAAUUUGUAAAUAAAUAACUGUGUGUACAAAGUUGAAAAUUGUGUAAAAUAAAAUGCUGGAAUCUUUGCAGCGAUGCCUAAGCGUUAACAAAUAAUUAUCCUUAAACAAUAAUAAUAAAUAAUGCUAUAAGCAACAACAGCAAGCAGUGAAAUGUGCCUUAAAAGUUAGUAGAAAAAUAGAAAACGUUUAGUUAUCAAACCAAUUCAACUCAAACCAGCAAAAAAGUGCCACGCCUACCACUUGAAAUACUCAAAACAACGACGACGCUUAAUAAAAACUGCAACACGCCACACGCCUACACUACGUGACGCAACAACACAACUAGCAGCUAAAUUAAUAAUAAUAAAAAUUGUACAAUAACAACUGCGUUGCCUCAUAAUGAGUAGCCAACCGGCCAGCCAGCCCGACAGCAUCGACUUAGCCUAUGACAUGUGGGCUGGCCAAUUCGAAUUUGUCGGACCCGCCGCGAAUGUCACGAACAGCAGCUACAACAGCAGCAGCAACAGCAACAGCACCACCAGCAGCACAAUAACACUCAACAACAACAAUAGCAACAGCAACAACAUACGCUUCGGUAGUGACAAGCAUAAAGCCAGCCAUAGCGGUUCAACGGAGAGCUUAGAAGAUUUGAAUCUCAACUUCGACACCACGUCCACGCAGGCGACGCUCAACAGCAACGCUUAUACGCUGGGCUGUAAUCAAUAUCAAUAUAAUUUUGGCAAGCAACCGAUACUGAUAGAUCAGGAGCAAUUUCUGAGCUUGAAUCCGGCGGAUUUUGAGGAUAUUGUGCCAUCGGGCCCCAAUUCGUUGGUGUUCAUUGAGAAUAAAUUGAGUGACGAUAAUUGUGAGAGUGAACAACAAGUCAACAACAAUAAUAAUAAUAAUAACAAUAAUAAUAGUAAAUUGGUGAAUUUGGAAACUUUAACGAGCAAGUUUAAUUCGAACAAAACGAAUAAUACAAAUACAAACGGUUUUAAAUUGGAAAAUUUGAAGAAUUUCAAAAAUAAAUUACUUUGUGAUUUCGAAGACAAGGCGUCAUUGGUGAACGGUGGCGCGGUUGUGGGCGUUGUGAAUAACGGUAGUGCUGUAGAUGUUGCUGAUUUGCAAUCGCAUCAUUGCUGCAACAACAAAAUGAGUGGGCUGAGCGCCGAAAUGUGCGAUAAUCUCAAUGAACAAUUGGAACUGCUGCAACGUCAAGUCACCGACUUGGCUGACACACAGAAUAUCGCUGAGGAUCGCACGACGCGCACAAAGACCGAAUAUGCUGUGCUGCAAACACGCUAUCAUAUGCUCGAGGAGCAAUAUCGGGAGUCCGAGUUGCGCGCCGAAGAGCGUCUGGCCGAAGAACAAAAACGUUACCGUGAAUUACUGGCACGCGUCGAGCGUGAAGCGGCGCUACAAAAUGAAAAUUGCCAAAUCAAGAUCAAAACUAUAGAAUUGGAAGCGAACACAUUACGCGAAGAGGCACAACGCCUGCGUGUGCUCUGCGACAAACAAGCCAAUGACUUGCAUCGCACCGAAGAGAAAUAUGAAUUGGCGCGCGAUCAAAUUGCGGCACUGCAGCAAGAUCUCGAUGAGACGGUGCAGCGCGAACGUAAAUACGAAGACGAUAAGAAGGCGUCCGAGGAGCUAAUGUUGGAGUUGAGCAAAGAAUUGGAACGGCUGCGCGCCGAAACGGGGCCAGCGCUGCCAACCACCUCGCCGGAGACAAUAAGACUGGAAGAGCUGCAUCAGGAACUGGAGGAGAUGCGGCAAAAGAACAAAGCUUUGGAGGAGCAAAAUGAAGAGCUGCAGGCGCAAGUGCUCACGCGCGGCGUGGAAGAGGGUCGCAAUCUGCUGAACGGCACACUGAAUAGCUUAGCGCAAGAGCUGGAGGAAAUGUCACAAGCACAGGAUUCUGUGGAUUCAGCCACAUUAGCAUCUCUAAGUCAGUUGCAACAAGCCUUUCAAGAGAAGGAAGACGAGAAUACCCGCCUGAAGCAUUAUAUCGAUACGAUACUACUGAACAUCGUAGAGAAUUAUCCGCAGCUGUUGGAAGUCAAGCCGAUUGCGAAAUAAAGCGCAUUUGAAGAGGCAGCGCAGGAGAAGCGGGAAACACGUCGAAAAUGAAAGACAAGAGAAAACUAAUUGCUUGUAAUAAGAGUAACAAGCCCAAAAGCAAGAGUAAAAGUAAUAUGUGGAAAUUAUUUUUAUAAAAAAAUAAAAGCAAAUCAACACGGUCAACACUAGUUAUGAAUGUGAAACACUUCUUCCAGCCAACUAUAGAUUGUACUAGUUUAUUUUAGGACCAGUCAGCUACCAGUGACCGCGUUGUGUAAAAAUGUCUUUUGUUUCUUGAUCAUAGCUUGCGUGCUAUUGGCUAAACAAUAAAUUACACUAAAUUGUUUUUGACUUUAAAAUUAUGUAAUUUGCGCUUUGUUUGAAGCGUGGUCACUGCAAGUUAGUUCUAUGCUUCCUAAAGCUGCGCGCGAAACUUAUUUUUUUUUUAAGUUUUUAUUAAACUUUAAUAUUUACAUACAUAAAAUACUAUAUAGUAAACACCGGAGUCACCGGAAACUGAUGAAGAACAAAUAGAGAAAAUUUAACUAUAAAUAAAUACUACUAUUACAUACGUAUAUAUUAAAACAACAACAGUUUAGUACGAAAACAUUAAUAAUAAUAACAAUUAACUAAACAAUAUCUUUAUAAAUUUAACCUAAAUUAUGUAACUAUAAUUUAAAUUAACAACAAAAAUAUAACAACAACUACUAUAGUAGCCUACAUGUAUGUAUGUAGCGAUAUUCAUGCUCACUUGCAUGAAAUAUGAGAAAAUAUGCCAAGCUAAUGGGUAAUACAGAACUAAACAGUCCAACAAAAGUUUAUAGUUUUAUACGCAAAAAUAUUUUUCAACAAUUUUAAUAUUGUAAACAAUAAAAACAACAAGCGAAAUAUAAAUUAUUGAAAAGAAAUAUUAA